AAUAAAUUGUGACCACCCUUCCUCUUUCUCACUGCUCAAUCCCCAUAAAAACCCUCUUUCCAUUCCCACUUCCCACAAACUUUCUCACAACAGACAUGACAUUAUUAUUAUUAUUACUACAUUAGCAGCAGCAAUGUCUAGUUCCAGAAAAAAACUGGUUCUGAAUACCGUGUCCGUGAGCCUGGGCUGCGGCAGCUGCAGAAGGCCCGGGCUCCUCCGGCACAUAUUCCACCCGAAGCGGAGGCCCAAGAAGCCCGCGUACCAGGCCCACGGGUUUCAUUGGGACGACACCGCGACGAGCAGCAGCACCACCAACGCCUCCACCGCUGCCACGUUCUCGCCAUGCUACGCGGAGGCCUCGGCGCAGUUCAGCAACUACGGGCGAGGCGUGGCGGUGGAGAAGGACUCUGAUGAUCCAUACCUGGACUUCAGGCACUCUAUGCUGCAGAUGAUACUGGAGAAUGAGAUAUACUCUAAGGAUGAUCUCAGGGAGCUUCUCAACUGUUUUCUUCAGCUCAAUUCGCCGGACCACCAUGGUGUUAUAGUGAGAGCGUUCACUGAGAUCUGGAAUGGAGUUUUCUCCGUGAGGAGGUCUGGUUCUUCCACUGGGUUCCACCUCAAUCGAGUAACAUUAUCCUGGCAUCAAUCUAGUGGAUGAGAUCCUUUAACUGUUUUUUUGUUUAACAUAACCAAGCUCUAUAGCAGAGACCUCUUUUUUUAUUAUU